CAAUUUGUUCGAUUUUUAAGUUUUCUCUCGUUGAGAUUUUUAGAUUCAAUUGUUGAUCAAAUUUUCUUAAUUUUUUGCUGUUUUUUUGACAAUAAUUUUCACAGUAUUUAGCUUUAAUUUUGACAGUUUAUCAGUGUACUUCUGUUGAAAGCAGAUUUGUAUCAGUAUCAAUUGUGCUUCUUUUUUUGCAGUUUUAAUUCCGUUCUGGUCAUCGUUUUAAAUUUUUUCAUCAUGGAUCUUUUGGGUAAAGUUUAUGAAUUCGCUGUUAAAAACAACGGAGAAAGAAAAGAUUUGGAGGAAAUUACUCAUUCAAGUGCCAUGGAUUUUUUCCAGGCGCAGUGUUUACGAAAAAAUGUUGAAAGCGAUGUUUCGUGUUUAUUGUCAGAGAGAGAAAGCUUUUCCAUGGAAAAUUUUGAAGAACUUCUGACUCGUGUUAAUUUUCUUUUUAAAGAGGUUGAAAAAUUACUUAAAACGCAUUCCAUGUGCAUUCUUUUAAAGCCUGUGGUGACCAAGGAAAAGAAAAAUUUAGACGAACAAAUGAAAAAGAUGAAAAAUGAAUUAGCUCAUCAACUUCAAAAUCAUGAUUUUUUUAAUGGCAAAGGUGAUCGACAUGCAACGGCAGCAAAACUUCAAGAUCUUGAAAAUCGUGUUGCAGCUGCAAAGCAGCUUAUUGAAACGCUGGAGAAAGAAUUUUUCAACCGAGCUGUUUCGAAUGAAUCAAAGAGACGAACCAUUCAAAGAUUGAAAAAACAAGCUGAGAGUUUGAAAAAGAUCCAGAAAAAAUACUUCGCUAAAGAUUAUAAAGAGGAAAUGGAUGCAGCUGAACUCAACAGUAAACAACUGGAUGAAGUAAUUUUUGCAAGAAAAUAUGAACAUGACGCUGUCUAUCAAAAUUUCGAACGAAUUCUGCAGCUCAAAUUCAACAUUGACGAGAUCAGAAUCAAAAUUGAAGGUAUGGUAGAGCAAAUUCAACAAAAGGAGCAUAUUUUGAAACAAGAAAGAGCCGAAGAAAAUCGCUUAACAAAUCAAGAAAGAUUGGCUGAAGAAAAUUCAAAGCAAAUAGCAGGUGCUUUAGAUUCUGAUAUGUCACAAUUAAGGAAUCACAAUCAAGCCUUAAAUGACUCCAUCAAACAAUAUGUUCAUCAAAUAGAGCUUACAGCCCAAGAGAAUAAGCAGCUUAAAUUUUCAUCAGAAUCUAUCGGUUCGCAAAUUCGACUUGUUGAACGAGAAUUCGCUGCUUGGAAAGCUAGUCUUGAUAAUCAAUCUGACGAAAGUGACGAUGAAAUGAAAGAUCUAGAAAGUGAAAUUCAUGAACUUCAAACUAAACUAGCAGAAAUGAAAAAAGCCAUGUCCAAAUCAAAGUAAUUUUUUUCCAAAUUUUCAAUUAUUUUUCUUUAAAGAAAACACUUUAUCAAAUUGUUAAUUGUUUAUUUUGUCAAUCUAAUCAAAUUUUUUCUCUACUAUGAUUUUAUUUCAAUCAAUUAUUAAAUCGAACUUAAC